AUGCUUGGCCGCCUCGUUCCGUUUGCACUGAUCGCGCUGUGCGAUGCAUACUUGCGCGAAGCGACUUCUCUCACGGGGCAGGAGUUUGCUGGGAUGAACUUCAAGGACAAAGCUGACUCAUUGCGCCAGGCAAGCCCUCGGUAUGGCAAGCUCGAAAUGAUGGGAGAGUGUUGCAGCGCUCCAGGUGAAGCGGAGCAGGUGGAGAACGACGUCAACACGAAUUCGGUCUACGGCUCGAAGGCUGAGAUCGCAGAGGAGGUUUUCAAGUACACUUCCUGCUCCUAUUUCAUGGUCUUUCAGAACACUGCUCAUGCUGACCACAGCUAUGCCGCAAAUUGCGUGCCUGCCCAAAUGUGCAUGGACAACGUCGUGGGCAUGACCCAGGGCAGGAUCGCGACGUACGGCGUCGUUGAGCGGAUCGCCGUCGUUGAGCAGAUUUUGCAGCAGUAUAUCGGCAAAGGCCCGCUGGACAAGUGCGGCGAAGGCGAGACGAGGGUCAACGAAGGCGACCUGAAUGGCCUAAUCAAGGAGGAGCGCGCCGUCAAGCUCGGCAGCCUGAAUGUCAUCGCAGACAUUGCCACCGGAGGAAAGGCAGCUGCCAAGAAGCAGGCUCUGACCUUCGAUGGAAUGGAGAAAAUCCCAGCCGUGAAGUCCUUCAACAAAUGCGUGAACGAUGCCAGCGUGGGGUACCUCUUCGUUUUCAAGAACGGCUACUGGAGCAGUGACAAGAGCGACGUGGAUCUGGGGGCCUUCUCAAAGUAUAAGGAGGAGCAGACGAAGAUCAAGGAGCAGAAGAAGGAGGCCGCCGCGAAGGCAAAGGCCGCGGCGGAGGAGGUGUCCCAGCGCCGUCUCUCUGAGCAGGAUGCCGUGCUUGUCUGA